GUGCUGUCUGCCGCUUUGGGAAUCGCUCUCAUUUGCUGAGGACAGUUCAUUCCUCUCAAUUCCUCAGCUUUUCCACUACAGCUGUAAUUGAACUUUAAAAUGGGAACCAAAAGAGGAAUUUGGCUGCUAGAAAAGGUGCCUAGUGGUGAAUUUUUAGGAGCUCGGCUCCCUUCAAAGGAACAAGUACUUUUAGUUUUUAUUUACCAUCACAAGGAAAUGAAAGAAACACUUUCGGAUGCUGCUAAAUCUACCAGUUCUAAACUACAGGAAGUGUGGAGGAAAGCAAAUAUCCCUGUUAAGACGGAGGAGAAUAUCCGUGCUGGUAUACAGAAGCUGAACAAAGAAUACCAAAAUCUGGGUAAAGAGAAAUCGAGAAACACAGAUAAAGCAAAUGUGAAACGGCAGAUUUGGAAAGGUGAUCUCGUCGAGUUAUUUGACAUUUCCCGGCAAAAUGUGAUGGACAUGACUAGUGUAUCACAAGAAGAUAAAAAAUUUCUUAGGUCACAAAGAGAAGAUCGUAUGAGUUCGUCAAUGAGUGGAGUAGACAAGAUUUUUGCCUCGAAAAUAAGAACUAAGUGUGCAAAAGAAGACAAAAAUGAAUCAUAUAAGAAUAAACAUUACAAAGCUAUCGCUGAAAUAAAUAAGACGGUUACACUGGAAGACUCCUCUCCAUCAUCAGCACCUAGUGACGAAGAGGCCGAGUUUUUGCCUCCGGCAACGAAAAAAUUACGUUCAAGUCAUAGAUUAAAACCUCUUGAUCACACACUCACGUCUACUUGGGAUCGAGAACAGCUCUCUAUUCGACAAACUAUGUCUUCAGGACACAAAAAUGCUAAACGGAUCCAAGGAAUUGAUGGCAAUGUGUGGGUUGAAUUUACGGCACUUGCUGCAGAUCCAACAGUUGUCAAUCUUGGGCAGGGAUUCCCAGACAUAUCUCCUCCUUCCUACGUGAAAGAAGGGCUUGCACAAGCAGCAGCAGUGGAUAAACUGAACCAGUACACACGUGGUUUUGGCCACCCGCUGCUGGUAGAUGCAUUGUCUCAAGUAUAUGGAAAAGUGACUGGAAGGAAGAUUAAUCCAACCAAAGAUAUUCUUGUGACAGUGGGAGCUUAUGGUUCCCUGUUCAGUGCAAUCCAAGGCCUAGUUGAAGAAGGUGAUGAGGUGAUAAUAAUAGAGCCUUUUUAUGACUGUUAUUACCCCAUGGUAAAGAUGGCUGGCGCCACUCCUGUCUCUAUACCGCUGAGAUAUAAAGACAGUGGUAAAAGUACUGUAUCAAGUGCUGACUGGACUUUAGACCCUGAGGAAUUGGCCAGUAAAUUCAGUCCCAGAACAAAGGCUAUUAUAUUAAAUACUCCAAACAACCCCAUUGGCAAGGUGUACACAAAAGAAGAACUAAAGGUUAUUGCUGACCUGUGUAUAAAAUAUGACACACUGUGUAUCAGUGAUGAAGUUUAUGAAUGGCUGGUGUACUCUGGAAACAAGCAUGUUAAAAUAGCAAACUUACCCGGAAUGUGGGAGAGAACCAUAACAAUAGGAAGUGCAGGGAAGGCGUUUAGCGUAACAGGGUGGAAGCUUGGCUGGUCCAUUGGCCCGGAACAUCUCAUCAGACACUUGCAAACCGUCCAUCAGAACUGUCUUUACACCUGCCCAACUCCACUACAAGAAGCUCUGGCUCAUGCCCUCUUCAAGGAUUUUAAAAGAAUGGAUGAGCCAGAAUGUUACUUCAAUUCGCUGCCACGGGAACUGGAAGUGAAGCGUGACCGAAUGGCUGGCUUACUGCAAGAAGCAGGGCUGACACCAAUCAUCCCAGAAGGAGGAUAUUUCAUGAUGGCGGAUGUCUCCAUACUAGGAGUGGAUCUUUCCCAUAUAAAGGGCGAUGAACCUUAUGAUUACAAAUUUGUAAAGUGGAUGAUUACAACCAAAAAACUAGCCGCUAUACCUAUAACCGCAUUUUGUGGACCUGAAACUAGAAAACAGUUUGAAAAAUAUGUACGAUUCUGUUUCAUCAAGCAAGAUGAAACUUUGGAUGCAGCUGAGAAGAUCCUGAAGAACUGGAAGAAGUGAAAUGUAAUAGCCACCUAAAUGAGCUACAGUGCAGUUUCUGAUACUAGUACCUGUAGCAUCGUGUAACAGGAAGACUUUAAUUAAGGUUCUCUUUUAUUGGACAUUUAUUUUAUUUUAUGCAAACUAAAUGAAUCUGUGAAUAAAAUAUAUUAUUUAAAAUAC